AUGGACUUGCAAGCCUUCAAAACACACGUCGCUUACUCCGCCAACAUUCUCAAAGAAUGGAGUGACAGCCGAUCCCUCCACCCUUCCUAUCACCACAUGGCAGGUGUAGUGGAGGACAACAUCAUCGAUGGCCUCGAAGAAUAUCUGAGCGAAUAUACAUCGGACGAAACCGGUAAGCCACAUCCACAUUACGAAUACAUCACAUUCUUCAGCAACGAGGCUUUGAGGCUUCUUUGGGAUGUCAGAGAUGAGAUGCUUGGUUCUAGCGAUGAGAUCAUGGGCUCUCCGGGCCUUAACGAAUCCGUCAAAGACAGGGUAGAAGUUGCUAUCCAGUCUCUCGACGUAUUGAGGGAAAAGAUUCGUCGUCAGCAAAGAUCCGAAGGAUUUAAUAUGACAGUUGAUGCUUCCAUGUGUAAAUGCACUGUGGUCAGUAUUGCCGUAAAUGCCGAGCGCCGGGAGACUUAG